GCUCCAAUAAACUCGAAUGGUGGUUGUCCUGAACCGAUCGCUCCUCUCUGAUUUGUCGUCACCAAAUAAAAGAGAGUGAAAAUCUAAUUACUCCUUUCCCAAACAAUGUCUUAGAGGCUUGAACGACUGUGCUUAGCAACCAGGACACGCCACGCCAUUCAACUCAGCGAGCUGGUGCAUGUUCACUGUUGAAGAAUUUCAAACUUCUUCUUUAUUGUUGGACUACCUGUAGGUCUUUUAUUGCUUCAAUGGCAGCAGUGUUGGCUUCAAAUAGCUGUUAUUGCCGCAAUAUUGAAUCAAAUAAUCUUGGGAGGUCAAUGAAUGGUCUUAGUUUUUCAAGCUCAGUUUCAAGUCAGUCAGUGCAAUUUGAGAGGCAAACCGGUACCCCAAAAAUGACCAAUAGAUCUGUUAAAUUGCUAGUAGAAAUGAGACAGACCGAAUCACCUUCGAGAUUAGGAACCAAUGGAAGAGCAAUUAAAAUGGUACCAGCAAGCGAAGUGAUGAAGAGGAAAAUUCCACCUUCCACAAAUGGUGAAGUAGAGAAAGUGAAUGGUGUAAAUCAAGUUGUAAAUGGGGCAAAUAUGGUUGGGAAAUCUCCUACAUCGGCUCUGGUUAAGGCCCCAAAAAGUAGAGAGUCUAAGAAACUUCCUCCUACAGAAGACCUAAGGGUUCUGCCCUCGGAUGAAAGUUUCAGUUGGGCUAAUGAGAACUACAAUUCUGUGCAAAGGUCUAUAGACGUUUGGUCUUUCGUUAUUUCUUUAAGGGUCAGAGUCCUGUUUGAUAACGCGAAGUGGGCGUAUAUAGGUGGAUUCACAGAAGAAAAACAGAAAAAUAGGAGGAGAAAAACUGCCUCGUGGCUACGAGAGCGUGUAUUGCAGCUUGGUCCAACCUUCAUCAAACUUGGACAAUUGUCUUCAACAAGGUCAGAUCUAUUCCCACGGGAAUUUGUGGAUGAGCUAGCCAAGCUACAGGAUAGGGUCCCUGCUUUCUCACCGAAGAAGGCGAGAAAAUUCAUUGAGAAGGAACUGGGAGCUCCCGUAGACAUACUGUUUAAGGAGUUUGAGGACCAGCCAAUUGCUGCUGCUAGUCUUGGUCAGGUACAUCGGGCUGUGCUGCCAAAUGGAGAGAAAGUAGUUGUGAAAGUUCAAAGACCUGGUUUGAAGAAGCUUUUUGACAUUGAUUUGCGAAAUUUGAAGCUAAUUGCAGAGUACUUUCAGAAAAGUGAAACAUUUGGAGGCCCAACAAGAGAUUGGAUUGGCAUCUAUGAAGAAUGUUCCACGAUCUUGUAUCAAGAGAUUGAUUACAUAAAUGAAGGGAAAAAUGCUGAUAGAUUCCGCCGAGAUUUUCGGAAUAUAAAGUGGGUCCGAGUACCUUUGGUUUAUUGGGAUUAUACUGCCACAAAAGUAUUGACACUGGAGUAUGUCCCAGGUAUUAAGAUAAAUAAGUUGGAUGCAAUAGAUUCACGAGGCUACAAUCGUUCUACAAUCUCAUCGCGUGCUAUUGAGUCAUAUUUGAUUCAGAUUCUGAAGACUGGUUUCUUUCAUGCCGACCCUCAUCCUGGAAAUCUUGCUAUUGAUGUGGAUGAAGCACUCAUCUAUUAUGAUUUUGGUAUGAUGGGCGAAAUCAAAUCCUUUACCCGGGGGAGAUUGCUUGACCUUUUCUAUGCUGUAUAUGAAAAAGAUGCAAAAAAAGUUAUCCAAAGCCUCAUCGAUCUUGAAGCACUUCAACCUACAGGGGAUAUGUCAUCAGUUAGAAGAUCUGUGCAGUUCUUCUUAAACAAUCUAUUGGGCCAGAAACCAGAUCAGCAGCAGACUUUGGCUGCAAUCGGAGAGGACUUGUUUGCAAUAGCGCAAGAUCAACCAUUCCGGUUCCCAUCCACAUUUACUUUUGUCAUUAGAGCAUUUUCAACACUCGAAGGUAUUGGCUACAUACUUGAUCCAGAUUUUUCAUUUGUCAAGGUUGCUGCACCUUAUGCACAGGAACUAUUAGAUCUGAAACAGAACCGUAGUGGAACUCAGCUAGUGCAGGAACUAAGAAAACAGGCUGACGAUGCUAGAUCUUCCACAAUAUCCAUGCCAUACAGAGUCCAGCAGAUAGAAGAAAUCGUGAAGCAGCUUGAAUCAGGAGAUCUAAAACUCAGAGUCCGGGUGCUCGAGUCGGAAAGAGCAGCUAGGAAAGCAACCAUAUUGCAGAUGGCAACUAUAUAUACAGUCUUAGGAGGUACCUUGUUAAACCUUGGGCUCACCUUGAGCACUCAAGGAAGUCAAAUUGUUGCAAAUGGAUCAUUUAUUGGCGCAGGAGUUUUUAUGACAUUGCUUCUUAGGUCUAUGCAAAGGGUGAAGAAACUGGAUAAAUUUGAGAAAAUGAUAUGACUAUUUCAGCCGAGCAAAUAAGUGGCUCCAGUGUAGAAUCAAUUUUUAUGCCAACUCCCAUUUAUUCUUUUGAUUCUUAUGUCACAGAAUAAAAAUGAAAGUGUAAUUUAAAUGACAGUAAUUCAAUAGGUGCAUAAUGAAAAUUCAUGUGAAUAAAUAUACAUAAAAUUGAAAAUCUCUUUUACA